AUGGGGCAGACCCGCAUCCAACCGCUGCCACCAAAAGUUCACAUUUGGAACCGGAAACCAGGCAAGGACUUGUUCAUCCAUCAACUGGAUGAGCGCGGGGGCAACCGUCUGACUUCUCACGGUCCGAGGCGCGACGGCGCGGGCUACUCCCGGCUGCCGCCUCCGGGCCCCGCAGUCAGCUCCAAGCCUCUCCUGAGACUUAGGGUCAGGGGCAAGGGGUUUCCUUCACCUCCCAAACCCCGCAAGGGCCGUGGAAACCCGGAUUCCCGCCCGCUCGCCCCCCGCCAUGUGUUUCAUUUCACAAUAAACGCGUGCGGUGGGGGUGGGGAGAAGCGGAAAGAACCUUCCGCGUCCCCCGCCAACCCCAAGCUUCACUCAGGUACCGUCUGGAGGCACCCAACUCCCGACCCACCCAGCGGGAGCCUGGAGCCGCCAGUUUCCCCGGGGGACCGAGCCCAGGCGAAGACGGUCCAUCCCGCCGCGGCCCCCCGCGCCGGAGCCGCUGCCCAGCAAAUGAAUGAGCCCGGCCCGCUCAACGUCUGGGCGCUCCCUCGGCGUCGGCAGCCACGGGCGAGUCCGGGCCCAGAGCCCAGCGCCGGCCGAUUCCUUCCCAGAGGCGCCGCGGGCCGAGGCGCGGGGCGGCCGCGGGGCGCGGGGUCGCGGGCCCCGCCCCCUCCGCAGGGCCCGCGGGGCGCCCCGGGGCGCGCGGCGCCGGCGCCCGGAGGGCCUGGGGCGUCCCGCUCGCUCGCUCGCCCGCCCGCCCGCCCGCCGGCGCGCUCCGCGGGGAGGAGGAGCCUGUCGGGCCCGGCCGCCUCCGCCUCGCCCCCAGACUCACCGCGGCCUGCGCGGGGGCAGGGCAAGGAUCCGGACGCAAGGCCUGAGCCCGUCCGCCACCCGCCGCUCAGCGAGCAGCGCGCGGCCGCCACGAAACCGUCGCCUCCGCCACCACCACCGCCAGCGACCGCCGCUCCGGGCGCAGCGCGCACAGGGCCCGACUGCGUCACACGCUGCUCGCCGUCAGAGGCUCGCUCCGGCGCUCCGCCCUCGCUCGCUGCACAUUGGCGGACGGCACCGCCACUCUAG